UAGAAGCGGAGUGGCGAGUAAGCCGAAUGGCGGAGUGGCGUGCCGCCCCGCGGCAGUGCCUCUGAAACACGGCCCGAGAUGGGACGCACGCCCGUUAUCCUCGUAGCAUCACGCGUUCGACCACGAUUUCACAGGUGAACCGGGACAAACAAAAAAGUAGUAUAAUCAUCUAAUGUAAUUGCAACAAAAUGACUGUUUUUAUACAUUUAUAUUAUGUGAUAUGGAUAGCGUUCCUGACCGCUUGUUGCAGUACGACAGGUCGUGAAUUAACUAGCGGACAAAAUGUAGUCUCUGUAGCACCAAUAGAAGUCCCAGAUGAAUCUAUGUAUCCAAGGUUUGCUGAACCCAUACCUAACGUCACAGUUACGAUCGGCAGGGACGCUUUAUUAGCAUGCGUCGUCGAUAACUUAAGGGGAUUCAAGGUAGCCUGGGUGCGAAUGGAUACACAGACGAUCCUGAGUAUCCACCACAAUAUAAUCACUCAGAACCCGCGGAUCAGCCUGUCCUACAACGACCACCGCUCCUGGUACCUGCACAUCAAGAACGUGCAGGAGGUGGAUCGCGGCUGGUACAUGUGUCAAGUGAAUACAGACCCUAUGCGCUCUAGAAAGGGAUAUCUGCAAGUCGUAGUGCCUCCAUCAAUCAUCGAUAAUAUGACGUCGACGGAUAUGGUGGUACGUGAAGGCUCGGAUGUAACCUUGGUGUGUCGUGCAUCCGGAUAUCCGGAGCCUUACGUAAUGUGGCGGCGGGAAGACGGCCAAGAUUUUAAUUAUAAUGGCGAAUCAGUGAGCGUAGUGGAUGGUGAAACCUUGACGAUAACGAAGGUGUCCCGUUUACACAUGGGAGCGUACCUGUGUAUCGCAUCCAACGGUGUUCCGCCAUCGAUUAGUAAACGGAUCAUGCUCAUGGUUCAGUUUCCACCGAUGCUGUCAAUUCCAAAUCAAUUAGAAGGGGCAUAUAUAGGACAAGAUGUAACAUUAGAAUGUCAUACCGAAGCAUUUCCAUCUUCUAUAAACUACUGGACCACGGACCGAGGGGAUAUGAUAAUUUCCGAAAUGGAAAUUGUAGGUGGUAAAUAUGAGGCGUUCCCGAUGGACAGCGGCUACAACAAAUUCAUGAUGCUCAAGAUACGGAACAUUACAAAGGAAGACUUCGGAUUUUACAAUUGCAUCGCAAAAAACUCCCUCGGAGAGACCGACGGAAUCAUUAAACUGGAUGAAAUACCAGCGCCACCAUCGGCAUUUACAACUACACAAAAACCAGUACUAGACAAUCAAACGAUCAAGAAAAAAGGUCAACAUCAAAUCACACAAGCAAAUGAAGCAAUCAGUUCAAAUUUCCAGGGAGGGGCAUACAUCGAACAAAGAAAUAAUUUUGGUUACGACGACGACAACAAUUCAGCAAAUCUACAAAGAACAAAUCCGUUUGUGAUAACUUUUUUUUUGUGCUACACUUUAUUGACAAGACUUUAUUUGUAUUCGUGAUAGUCAAUACGUCUUUUAUAUAAUUUUAUCUGUGAUUCUGUUUUAAUAUGAAAGUUCCUUUUUUACUGCAUGGAUGGACAAUAACUUGUCAGUCGUUGAACUUCAUUUAUUUAAAGGUAAAUAAUGUUUUAAUUUUUUUUUUUGUAUAAAGUCUACAUUAUUUGUUUCCCCUCAUUUUUAUAAAAUUACAUGUAAAUAUAUUUUUCUUAAAUCAGUAUAUAUAAUUUAUUUAGUGUUAAUUUGUUUAUUUUGUAAUUCGUUAAUUCAUUCUUAACUAGACGAUGUUUGUAUACCAGUUUUCUACUACAUCGAUUUUGUAAAAAGUUGCCUAAUUAGACAUUAAUAUUUGGUAAUAGACCCACUUACUUGUCCAACACGAACUUUGUGUAGGUAUAUAUGAGUACGUACUUUCCAGAGCUAUUAGAUUAAUGUAUACAGUAAUGUAUAAAAUACGUAAACCAACUUUCUGUGCUUUAGUAUCUAGAUAUUUUUUUUCUUUUGUCAUCACUGAUUGCCUGUAAAUUACUGAACAGCAUUUUUUUACUGUUAAGUAAUUAUAUUUUGCUGUAAAUAUUAGAAGUUAGCAACUGUCAUUGAUACCAUUGAGCAAACAGACUUUUGUAAUACUGUAAUUUACCUAAUUGCUACAAAAAGAAACUGCCAAAUGAAUGUGUAAAUUGAAAUAAAUUGAUGCUUAAA